ACCAACAAGAACCGAUCCCUUCAGCUCUUAAACAUCUGUUCAUAAAGCUGUACCUCUAGCCUUUAAAUUUGAUCACAGUUUUGAAAUCUAAGUUGUAUGUGUAAAUGUUGAUAUGCAAUUUAAGUGCAAAUGAAUUAAGAUAGUUCAAUUAGAAGAGCUAGCGGAUUGAGUCGGUUCGACCGCAACUGACGCAUCACUCAGCUAGCUGCUGUUUUUUUAUGCUAAGCUAUCAAACAGGUUGUUCAUGAUUAGCAAACACAUGGCAUAAUCGUAGGAUGGACUUUGACAACACUUGGAACCGCAUGUGAAAAUACGAACAUGUGACUAAAUCUUAAAAAAGCCUGAAGAUGGAGAAGGAUUUUGAAAAACAUCAGAAGAAAAGAAGCAGAGAUGCUUCUGAUCCUCACACAGCUUCAGUUCCUCCGGUCUUACCAAAUCCUUAUAUGUCCAACCAAACUUCAGCCAGGAACUGGGCAGAUCUGAGCCAAAAACAAGCAGGAAAAGGGGGAGAUGUUUCAAGAAGUCAUGGCUACAGUAGCAGACGUCCUGUGAGGGAAGCCAGUGACAAAAAUAAGCUCCUCUGGGAUCCACAUUCAAAGACAUCAAAAAGCAUCAAUGACUCUCAGGGCAGAAAUGUGGGCAAAAACCCAGCGGAUGCACGACAAAAAGCUUCAGCAGGUUUUAGACAUGUCAGGUCAGCCCCAGCCUCUGGAAGGAAAUCAACGCCAGCAAUGGCAGAUUUUGCGCCGUUUGAAGUGAAGAUGGCUGAUUUUCCGGAGUUAGCCGGCGUUUUGCAGAAAUCAGCUUCUCAUGCUGGAGCUCAGAAAGACUGCUGGCGUCCAAGCCCUCAAUGCACAAACCCACGAACUCAGACGACUUCCCAGAAGGCUGGAAGAAAUAGCUCUCCAGCAGAACUUGAGCCCUUGCAGAAUACCACCCCUGCUAACCCACCAGUAGCUAGGCCGGUAAUAACAUCCUGGGCAAAUAUUGCCUCUCAGCCCCCAAAGAAACCUGUUGUUACAGACGAGACAAUCAAUCGCAGCAACACACAGGCAAACUGCCUCUCUACCCAACAAGAAGAGGGAGGCCCAGGAAAGAAAAAGCGAAAGAGGAAAAAGAAAUCCAAAAGCAACGCUGAGGAUGCAGAAGCCGAGUCAGGGAGUCCACUAAUUCAUCACGAGCCUCCAAAACUUGAGGAUGAAGAAGAAUUCCCUGAGUUGGUGCUGGGUUUAACUGGGUUAAACAGCAAAACAAAGCUAUGCAAUGAGGAAAACCAAAGAGAAGGAGGACAGUACCAGUCUGCUGGCCUGAACAAAGAAAAGUCACCAAUAGGAAAAACUCAACUGCCUGAAAUGGCUAAGAAAGGACAGAAAGCAGAGAAAGUGUCGGGGAAAAAGAGCAAAGCCCCGGUCCAGCUGGACAUCGGAAACAUGCUGGCCGUCCUGGAAAAGAAGCAACAAACUCAAAAAUCAAAGCAGGACACCAAGCCGAUUAUUCUCUCUGUUGGUGGAGGACUGCCUGUCGUCCAGAAACAAUCGUUGUCUCUGAAGAAGCCGCCAUGGCAGCAGGAUAAAAUCGCACACAAUCCGUUGGACUCGACCAGCCCUUUAGUUAAGAAAGGAAAGCAAAGAGAAGUGCCUAAAGCCAAGAAACCCACUCCUCUGAAGAAGGUCAUUUUGAAAGAAAGAGAAGAGAAAAAACAGAGACGUCUGCUAGAGGAGAGAGGAGUGCUGCCUGAAAAUGGCUCUGAACUCACUAUUGAUGCUGCAGAGGAGCAGCAUGACUUAAACGAUACAGAAGACAUUCAGAGUCUUACACAAGGAUUCGACGAACAGCUGAAUUUAAACGGUAUAAACGCCAACAUGGAGGAAGCCGAUGAGGACAACGACAAAAACGAUGAUGUGCAACAGGAAGCCCCGUCAUCUGAGCCCCAACAAAACAACGUUCCCAAAAUUCACAGCAGGAAGUUUAGAGACUACUGCAGCCAGAUGCUGAGGAAAGACCUGGAUGAGUGCGUGACGUCGCUGCUGAAGGAGCUGGUCCGGUUCCAGGACCGGCUGUACCAGAAGGAUCCCAUGAAGGCCCGCAUGAAGCGGCGGAUCGUGAUGGGCCUUCGAGAGGUUCUGAAACACCUCAAACUGAAGAAGGUCAAGUGUGUCAUCAUCUCACCCAACUGCGAACGCAUCCAGUCCAAAGGUGGCCUGGACGAGGUUCUGCACACGAUCAUCAACAUGUGUCGCGAACAGGGCGUACCGUUCGUGUUUGCACUUUCCAGGAAAGCACUGGGCCACUGUGUCAACAAGGCUGUGCCCGUCAGCCUUGUGGGCAUCUUCAACUACGAUGGAGCGCAGGAUUUCUAUCACAAGAUGAUUGAGUUGUCAUCUGAGGCCCGGAGGGCCUACGAGGUGAUGCUGUCGAGCUCGGAGCGCAGCGACCAGCCUGAAACAGAGCUGCAUGGAAACACAGAGCCACUGCAGAUUAACAGUCUGGCUGAGGAGUCCGAGCCUGGACCCGACAGCAAAUGGUCCGAGAAACCACAUUACUUGAAAUUCUGGGAGCAGAUUCUGGAGGAAGAAAGCAGCCAUGCUUUCCUGAGCCACAUGGAGCAGCUCCUGGACAGCGAAUGUACAGAAAACGCAGAAGAAGAGAAGAGUUGACUGCAGCAAAUCUUUCUCCUGCUACAAAACAAGACAAAGAAAUUUAUUUGGGUUGCCACACCCACAAAAACACUUUUGGUUUGAUUUUUUUUUCUUCUCUCAUUUAAUUCUAUUUCCUGUAAAUUAUGAAUUCUUUGAAUUCUUUCAGGAAAAGAACCAGAUAAGAAGCCUCAAAAUAUAAAUUCUGAACCAUGUUGACUGUGACCCUUCCUGCUGAAUAUGUAAAAUGUUUCUUUUCUUGUAUUGAGCAUAUAACACUAUAUUUUGGAACCAUUAUUUUUGACUUAAUAGCUAUAUUCGAUCUUUGGAAACAUUUUAAGGAUUGAAAUGAGUACCACUUUCAUAAGAAAUGACAAAAACAUAGUUAAUAAACUAGUUAUUAAUUAAGCAGAAACACUUUAUGCAACAUUAAUAAGCAGUUUUUGGGCAUUCUGCAGCUUUUUCAUUCAUGUGUGAAAUAUAAAUGUAGCUGCUUUUUAAAGGUCGGUAAAGUGUUAAUUAGUUAAAAACAUGUUUAUUAAUUACAAGUGACUAAAACUGUUUUAUUGGAAGGAAGGACAUAGGAUAAAACAAGAUGUGAUAAAGACCAGCAGAUUUAAAAAUGUAAUAUUUAGAAAAGAAGAUCGUAAGAUACUUAAAUAUGGCAUAUUUUCAUACUGGAAGGAAAGAAGAAACAGAUUUUGAGUUUUAUGCUCAUUUUCCUCAUACAGGUUGUUUUUCUGUGUGUUGAUUUGCCACAGCUUUAGACUGUGAACGCUUCACGUUUUGAUAGAACUGCUCUGUAACAUAAGCACAUGUUCUCACAGAGUUUUGAAAUUUAAAUCAGAACUUGGAAGCAGCAGGAAACUUUGGGGUUAAAUUCACACACUGGAAAAAAAAGAACGGAGCUCCAACUAAAAAAAAAAAAAGGUUAAUUUGUUGUACAUAAUCAGAUUAAGUUUGCCAAAGUUACUUUAUUUACGUUUAACAUAACUUAAGAUAUUUAGUUAGAUAAACUUACUUGUAACAAAUGAACAAAUUUUUUUUAAGUUGGAUCAACCGGGGUUUUUUUUCAGUGCAGUUACUUUAAAAACUAGCACCUUCGCCUUUUGAUGAUCAUAUUUUUGCGGUCUAAUGUUUGAGGCCGCCUUAUUUUUGAUUAAAAUCCCCUGCUUUGUCAGAGAGUUUAAGUUGCCAGAGCAUUAAGAAGAGAAAGAGGCCCACAUCAUCACCAUUUCUCUACCGUACCUAACAAUGGGCAUGAGUUGCUUUUCAUUUAUCGUUCUUUCCAACUGGAUUGUUUGUCUCACUUCUCAUUCCAAAUAACUCUUUGGCCUAAGAAUAGCUUUGUUGGUAGUUGUUUAGAUUAGAAAAUGACGUCCAUUACUCCAGAUCUUACCUGUGGUCACAUCUUUGAGGUGCAUUCAGGAUUAUUGUUCAUCACAGUUUCAGUUGUUUUUAAUUAUUGCUCUGACUGCACAUUAGCUACUGUAGGCGGGUAGCAAAUUUCUGGAUCACAUAUGUUUGCUUAUGUUUCCUAUUUUGACAGGAUGGUAUAAGAUAUGUACCUCUGCUUCAUGGCAUUUGUACCUCAGGUAAACAGGAAGUCUUGAUUAUUAAAUGAAAGUUACAAAACUCUGAAACCAAUUUAAAAUGAGGAAAAUGUUUCAGUUGCACUUGUUUAACUAAAAAGUAAAAAUUUUUAAUGUU